UAUAAUAGCCACGCCUGGCAUGUGAGAAUAUGAAAUGUUGGCCAAAUGUUGCAUGUUGGACAAAAAUAAAAAAAAAAAUCAGGUUACGUGUAUCAUCACCAUUCGGUUUGAUUAAAUCAAGAAAAAAUUUGAAGAAAUGGAACAACAAGUGCAACAAGGUGAACAAAAACUAUCGAAAAAUGCAUUGAAAAAAGCUAAAAAAGAAGCAGAAAAAGCAGCGAAAAAAGCUGAAGCAGCACAGAAACGUGCCGAAACACAACAACAAUCGGAAGCUAGUGUUGAAGAUUAUUCUAAAGAUAAUUAUGGCAUAUCGCCGAUGAUUCGAUCGACUGAAAGAAAUGUGGACCGAAUAUUUGUCAAUGUCAAUAAGAUUGAUGAAUCGUUGGCCGAUCAAACCAUUUGGAUUCGUGGCCGUCUUCAUACUAGUCGUGCUGUUGGUAAACAAUGUUUUUUCGUUCUUCGUCAACGUCAAUCCACUUUACAGUGUUUAUUAGCGGUUGGCGAACAUGUUAGCAAACAGAUGGUUAAAUUUGUCACAUCAAUCACAAAAGAAUCUAUAAUCGAUGUGCAAGGUUUAAUCAAAAUAUCGCCAACAAAAAUCGAAAGCUGUACACAGCAAAUGGUCGUGUUCGGUGCAAAAAUUUUUGUUAUAAGUGCUGCUGAACCAAUGUUACCAUUGUUGAUAGAUGAUGCUGCACGUCCUGAACAUGAAGUUGGUGAUGGAUUAUCCACCGUGAAUCAAGAUGUUCGUCUUGAUAAUCGUAUAUUGGAUCUUCGUACUUCAACUAAUCAGGCCAUAUUUAAACUUGAAGCAGGUGUUGUUCAUGUUUAUCGUCGAUCAUUGGAACGACGUGGAUUCGUUGAAAUUCAUACACCGAAAAUUAUACCGGCUGCUAGUGAAGGUGGUGCCAAUGUAUUCGAAGUGAGUUAUUUCAAAGGUUCAGCUUAUCUGGCACAAUCACCACAAUUCUACAAACAAAUGGCUAUUGCUGCCGAUUUUGAUCGUGUAUUCACCAUUGGUUCGGUAUUUCGUGCCGAAGAUUCCAAUACACAUCGUCAUCUGUGUGAAUUUAUUGGUUUGGAUUUUGAAAUGGCUUUCAAUUAUCAUUAUCAUGAAGUAUUGGAUGUGAUUGGUGAAUUAUUUGUCGAACUAUUCAAAGGAUUACAACAGGAAUAUGCUGAUGAGAUUAAAACAAUCGAUCGACAAUUUCCUUGUGAACCGUUUAGAUUUUUGGAACCAUCACUUCGAAUUAAUUUCUCUGAAGGUGUAAAACUUUUACGUGACAAUGGUGUUGAAAUGGGUGAUGAAGAAGAUUUAAGUACAGCAAAUGAAAAAUUAUUGGGCAAAAUCAUUAGACAAAAAUAUGAUACCGAUUUCUAUAUUUUGGAUAAAUUUCCAUUGGCUGUUCGACCAUUCUAUACAAUGCCUGAUCCAGAUAAUCCGAAAUAUUCAAAUUCUUAUGAUUUAUUUAUGCGUGGCGAAGAAAUCAUGUCUGGUGCACAACGUGUUCAUGAUCCAGAAUUUCUAAUUGAACGUAUUAAACAUCUUGGAAUCGAUCCAAACAAAAUGAAAUCAUACAUUGAUUCAUUCCGUUAUGGAGCGCCACCACAUGCUGGUGGUGGAAUCGGUUUGGAACGUGUUACAAUGUUGUUUCUUGGUUUGAACAACAUUCGUAAAACAUCGCUAUUUCCGCGUGAUCCUAAACGUGUUUCGCCUUGAAUACAUUUGUAUUGGUAAUGAUGAUCAAUUUUUUUUUUGUUCAUCAAGUUUGAAAAAAAAUUAAUCAUUGAUUGAUAAAAAAAUAAAUAAAUAAAAAAAAAUUGAUAAAUUGAGCAAAUCAAUUGAAGUAUAUA